UGUUCCAACGGCUAGCGGUCAAGAAGCAUCGAAGCAUAGUUGUGCCAUCUCGUUGUACAGAAACAUAGUGUAGACGCGAGCCAAACAAAAGCAAUCGAAAAAUGCCGGAAAUACUCGAUGCUUCCUUUCCGGAUUACGUUGUAGCCGGUCUGGAGGAGGUCGCCCGGGAGCAAGGCUUUACCGAAGGGUUGUACCGCUUCGAAAGUGAAUCAGGCUCGAACAUGGGUGACGGGUUCGUUGGCCAGCUACUGAAAGUGUUCAUUCGGCAGGAAGGCCGUGAGUUGGUGGUGUUGUGUAAGCUGCUGCCCGAGAACGAACUGCGAAAGCAGCAGGGCGUUCCGCUGUUUGACAGAGAAUCACAGGCGUACAUGGAAAUCGUACCGCAGCUGCUAAAGUUCCAGCGCGAACGAGCUAUUCCGGAGGGGCUGCCCAGAUUCAACAAUGUGCCACGAUGCUACUACGCGAAGACUAACGUUGACAGGAGGGAGUCCGUGAUCAUUAUGGAGGAUCUACGAUUGCAGGCGUUCCGUAUGUGGGAUAAGGCGAACCCCGUCAACUUCGAGCAUGCGCGACUGCUUAUGCUCACCCUGGGCCGUCUGCAUGCACUCUCCUUUGCGAUGAAAGAUCAACAGCCGGAAGAGUUUGCACCGUGCCGUGAGUUUAGUGAUCCAAUGUGCCAAAUGUUAGAGCAAGAUCCUACGAAUGGGUUUGAGAAGAUGAUGGCGGGCAUGUGUCGUAGAGCGAUCGAUACGCUCGAGCAGCAUGAUACUUUCCGGCGAGAAAAGCUGGAAAAAAUACAGAAUCGAUGUGCGCAGGAAAUUAUAGCCUGUGUCGAUGGGAAAGCGGCCGAGCCGUACGCUAUUAUAGGGCAUGGUGAUUGUUGGUCCAACAACAUGAUGUUCCAGUAUGAAGAGGAUGAUAAAACUCCCAAGACGAUCAAGCUGAUCGACUGGCAGUUAUCGAGGUACGGAUCACCGGUGCUCGACUUGGUCUACUUCAUCUUCAACUGUACGGACGAAGAGUUACGUUCCCAUAGCUACCAACGGCUGCUGAGCAUCUACUACAACAGUCUUAGUGAGCAUCUGCACAAUCUGGGCGGCAACAUCGAGCGUCAGUUCCCGCGCAGUGCUUUUCGCGAUCAGCUGAAACAAUUCGGCCGGUACGGACUUCUCAUGUCGAUGAUGGUGCUGCCCAUCAUUUGUACGCCGAACGAUGAACUGCCCGAUACGGAUGCUGCGAUGGAAGGAUUCAUGAAUGAAAUGCAAAACGGGAAUAAUGACGUUGAGCUGGUGUACGGAACGACAGAGAAGGCCGCCAUCCGUUACAAAAAACGUAUGUCGGGCUGUAUUCGAGAUGCUGUGCGAUUUGGGUACCUAUAAAAUCUCUGUAUCUCAAACUUACUGGCAACUAAGCAUUAGAAUUUUCAGCAGUAAAGAAUAUCCUAUAAAGUCGAA